UAAAGAUAUCGCUGGUUCUAGAAAUCAAUCUAUUUUAGAAGGUACUACCACCAUGUACCACGUGGUCGCGUUGUGUGUUUUUCUCUUACACAUUCACACAUGUAUGAGUUGCGUCGAUGUGCUCUGCAUCCUGGAUGGUCAUGCGGAACCACUCUGUAAGACAAUGUUGAAGCACGAUUGCAAGGAGUCGUGGUGCGGCUACAGUGGCAGCCAGCAAGAGCAGGUUGAGUCUCGAAGGGACACUAAAUACCGAUGUUUGUACGCCAACGGCCAACAGCUCUGUAGAGAGGAAAACAAGAGAAGCAUUACCUUUGAAAAACCCGAUGGCUCAUCUCAUAGUUAUUCAAGACCUAAUUAGAUGCAAGCAAAAAUUUUUUUGUAACUUGA